AUGCCGCUACACUUGACAACUGAUCACCCGGAGAUCCCGUUGGCUCGGAUGCCGCAACAAGAGGGGGUGUGGGUACCCAAGGACGACUGGACUGGGACCAUCGACCGAACUGAAAGAAGGAAAUUACAGAACAGACUCAGCCAGAGAGCAUACCGGUCGCGAAAGAAAUUAGACCAACAAUUGAAUGACUGGCCAUCACUGGACAAACAAAGCGCCGUUAUAAUUCCACAACGCCCGUCCAACCAUGAUGACGAAUUUACCUGCUCAAGGGCCCCUUCGGGUAUAUUUGAUUUGAUGCACCGAUUCGAAUCAAUGGCGCUCUCAAAUUACGAAAGAAAUUCGCCCAAUGUAGAUCAUCUCAUUUCAGUGUCCAGAUUCAACAUCCAACGUGCAAUCAUUGACAACACCCGCGCAAUGGGAAUGACCAUGAAAUCGCUACAACCAGAUGAUGCUAUCUCAAUCUUUAAUCUCUCACAACCCAACCUCAUGAAUCCCAUUCCUGAAGCAGCAAUUCCUCCAAGUUUACGACCAACUAUGCGUCAGCGAGAAAUUCCUCAUCACCCCUGGCUGGACUUUUUUCCGUUCCCAAAUUUGCGGGAUAAUCUGAUAUCUGCUCAGGAUGAAAUUGAUGAUGAUGAUCUUUGUCAUGACUUGAUGGCAUUUUGGGACACGCGAAAUACCGGUGCAACUUUACUUGUGUGGGGCCCUUCGUGGGAACCUACAAGCUGGGAAGUCACACCGGCAUUUCUGGAGAAAUGGGGAUUCUUGUUGAGGGGAUGCGGGGAUAUACUGAGAAGUACUAAUCAGUGGAGAGUCAAAAGAGGAGAGAGGCCAAUUAUUUGGCAUUCAAUUGAGAAGCCAGGUAGUUGA